AUGCUGCUGGCUGAUUACACACGGAACCAAAGGAUUGAGCUCUCCAAGAAUGAUAGCAAGAAGAAAGUGAAUGCAGAUGAGGACGAGAAGGAUGAAGUUGAGCCAAGCAAGAAGUCGUGGCUGUCGUCCACAGGGCCAUGGAUUGCAAGCACUGUUGUUAUGCUGCUGUUUCUAGCAGUGAUAGCUAUGAUUGUUAUUAACCUGGGCAUGAACAAGAUUGUAUAUGGAGAUGAGAGCAAUGCCAAGAAGUACAUGCAUGAUCAAUUUAAGGAGCUGGUUGAUGGUAAUCUUAAGAAGACGGAAAGCGUAGCAUCAAAGUACAAUGAAAUGAUUGAUAAAGUGUUUGAAGAAAAAGUGAACGUGUAA